CGGCUCAGUAAACCGAAUAGUUUACUAAAAAUUACGGUAAACCUUUUUUAUAUAUAUAACUGACUUUUAUUCAUAUUUCACAAACUUGUAGAAAUGUUCGAAUGUUGAUUGGUUAAAGAACUGUAGAAAUUUACUAACUACGGUAAACUUUGGGUGACAAGGGAAUGUUGAUUGGUUAAAGAAUUGUACAAAUUCAAAAAAAUGGGCCUAAAGAAGAAGAGGUUGAUCAAUGAGGUAGCUUGAUUGUAUAUCAUGACUACCUCACCUGGACCUACAUCUUAAUGUUAAUUAAUCCACAUCUUUUUUUUCUACAAACUCAAUACAUUAAUUCAACUAGAUCUUAUGCUCUAAAGAACCAACCAAGCUGAAUUUAUUUAGAUGAUUUAAAACUAGUGGAAAUAUAAACCAAACUAUGGAACAAAAUAUUCACGAAAAUUGUAAAAGAUCAGAUUAUGAGUGGAAUUGAGAGUCAGUCCAUCGAAUUGUAAAUCGUUUUUGAUAAAUCUAAACAGUUCAACUAUGAUAUGAAUAAUGGGAUCUGCCUCUAUUUUAAGUAAAGACAUUUUCCCACCACAAGAUAGUAAUAAAUUAUUAUUACUGCUUGCACUUGCUAGGAAAUGGUUGUGAUAGAUAGUCGUUGGACACGAGACUUGGACUUCUCAAACUUUCUUUUACGCACACAGUAUUGGAGAAUAUUCAAUUGUGACAAGCUCUCACUAUUAUAUAUAGAGUAUAUGUUGUAUUUAUCUAUGCAGAAAAAAAAACAAACAUGAGGUGUGCACUACUACUCAUGACUCAUCUCUCACUACUGCUUGUCUUGAUUCUUGCUUCAGCAAAUCUCACCGCUUCGAGAUCUUCCUGUCCGAGCUACUGUGGAAACAUCUCGAUCCCGUAUCCUUUCGGUAUCGGAAAGGGUUGCUAUCUCGACGAAUGGUUUGCAAUAAAAUGCAACAAUUCCACUUCAGGAGACCUUGUCCCCUAUCUACCAAAGAUUAACAGAGAAGUUGUGAAAAUCUCUCUACCGGAUGCAAAUGGUUUUUUCAAAACCACCGAAUCAUACGGGUCACUAGGCAUCAAAACCAACGUAACUUCCAUGGGAUGUUCCAACAGCAGCGAUGAAACAAAAUUUGGUGAGCCUUUGAAUUUUAGUGGCUCCCCUUUUACUAUUAGCCGUUCCAACAUCUUCCAAGCUAUCGGCUGCAACUACAAGGCUACCUUGACACAUCUUGACCCCGCAGUGGUGGGAUGCAUCUCGACUUGUGAGCCAAGGAAGAUAGGAGAUCAUACAAGCUGCCGUGGUAACAAAUGCUGCCAAGUAGACCCACCUAGUGAGAUUGGACAGGUAGUCGGUAUUAGUAUGGAGGAAAUCUCUAGUAGCAUAACAAGAGAAAGAGGAUGUCGAGUAGCCUUCUUAACAGACGAAAAUCAAGACCCUCUAGGGUACCGUGAGGCUAAAGUAACUGAUCCAAAUUGGUUUUACGAUAGGCAAUAUGUUACACUCCAACUACGGUGGGCCAUUCAGAUGAAAAAUCUGUCGUUUAUCAAUUCAUUGGGUUGCACAACGGGGCACUCCAGCUCUAGCGUUAUUCCUUGCAUAUGCAUGAAUAAUACAAACGAUAAGAUAAGCAGUGUAAGUUGUGCAUGCCACAAGGGUUACACAGGCAAUCCAUAUACUUUGGGUGGAUGUAAAGGAUUAUGUGUAGGUUUUGGUGUGCUGAUGAUGGUUUUCGCUGUAGCUUUUUUGUUAUGCAAAUUUAUCAAAAAGCAAAGGAAGAUCAUUGGCAAAAAAAAGUUGUUCAGACGCAAUGGAGGUUUAUUGUUGAAACAACAGUUGACUACAGCUGAAGACAGCAUCGAGAAGACAAAAGUAUUCACCUCAAAAGAGCUAAAGAAAGCAACUGAAAACUUCAGUUCUACUAGAGUGCUUGGAAAAGGUGGCCAGGGCACUGUGUAUAAAGGAAUGCUUGUAGAUGGUAGAAUUGUAGCUGUGAAAAAAUCUACCGUUGUGGAUCAAGACAAGGUGGGGGAGUUCAUUAACGAGGUUGUCAUUCUAUCUCAGAUCAACCACAGAAACAUAGUGAAACUCAUAGGCUGUUGCCUUGAGACAGAAGUGCCUCUUCUAGUUUAUGAGUUUGUUUCUAAUGGUAACAUUUUUGAGCAUCUUCAUGGUGAGUUUGAUGAGUCCGCAAUGACUACUUGGGAGAUGCGUUUGCGCAUUGUCAUAGAUAUUGCUGGAGCUCUUUCAUACCUCCACUCAUCAGCCUCGACUCCGAUUUUUCAUAGAGAUGUCAAAUCUACAAAUAUAAUGUUGGACGAAAAAUAUCGAGUUAAAGUGUCUGACUUCGGCACUUCAAGAUGGGUAGCUGAUGAUCAUACCCACCUAACUACUGUGGUUUCAGGUACAGUUGGAUAUGUGGAUCCGGAGUACUUCCAGACUAGCCAAUUCACCGACAAAAGUGAUGUGUAUAGCUUUGGGGUGGUGCUAGUGGAACUCAUCACCGGAGAAAAGCCCAUAUCCUUUGUCCGGUUUCUAAGAAACAGAACACUGGCAGCUUAUUUCAUUCUUGCAAUGGAAGAGAAUCGACUCAUCGACAUUAUUGACCCUCAAAUCAGAGCUGAGUGCAAGCUAGAGCAAGUCAUGGAGGCAGCACAACUUGCUAGGAGGUGUCUGAAGCUUACUGGAAAGGAUCGACCGAGCAUGAGAGAAGUGUCGAUGGAGUUAGAGAGAAUUCGCUCACCAAGUAAAGAUUUACAGCCAAAUGUUCAUAUUGUCAAGAACAAUGCGGAGGAGGCAUAUAUUGGUGUGGAAUCGUGUAGCGUUGAUACAACUUCAACGUUAGAUGCCGAGCCGUUAGUUCCUGGUCAAACAUGGUGACCAUCACAUUUUCGAUAUCAUUGGAUGAUUUCGUGAUAUUAGUAUAAGUAUUGUAUAGUAUAUAUCAACUAGACGAAUAUAACUCUAUAAAGUUCUAAUGUAUGAAAAACAUGUGAUAAGCGGUGUAUAUCUGCGUUCUGGUU